CACGACACACCGUGUGUGGUAUCAAGCACACUCAAUCCUCUUUUGCGGGGUACUCUACCCCAGGUGGGUAGAGAGACGAGGAUCGAGACCAUGGUAUUUAAAGCUGGGGAGAUACUUCACAUCCAUCGAUUUAGAGUGGUUGGCUUCCUAUAUAUCUUCCUCAAAGGCUGAUCAGUCGACCAUCCGCUAAUCUGCUAUAUAGAGACCUCGUUGCAGGUUCAGCACGACACUCCAACCAUGGCGCUUCCACCAAAAUGGUAUCAAUUCCUCGUCAGCGUCUUCGCUUCAUUAGGGUCCUAUCUCUUUGGAUAUGACCUUGGAGUCAUCGCCGAGGUCGUUGCUAGCAACACAUUUGUGGAUCAGUUCACCCCUACCGAUACUCAAGCCGGCCUGGUCGUGUCCAUGUUCACCACCGGUGCCUUCUUUGGCGCCGGCCUCGCAGGACCAACUGGCGAUUACCUGGGUCGAAGAUGGACAAUCGCAAUUGGAGCGCUAAUCUUUUGCCUUGGCGGUGGCCUUCAGACCGGGGCCGAGAACAUCCAGUACCUCUGGUCAGGUCGGUUUCUUGCAGGACUUGGGGUUGGCUUCCUCGUCAUGAUCAUUCCUCUUUAUCAGGCGGAGCUGGCGCAUCCGAGUAUUCGAGGCCGUGUGACGGCACUGCAGCAGUUCAUGCUUGGGGUUGGUGCACUCGUAGCCGCCUGGAUAUCAUGGGGCACAUAUGUCAACAUCAAAGAUUCGAGCGCUCAAUGGCGCAUACCACUUGGUUUGCAGAUUGUCCCUGCCAUCUUCCUCGGUGCUCUGAUCUUUUUGUUUCCUGAAUCACCAAGGUGGUUGAUGGACCAUGAUAGGCCAGAGCAGGCGCUCAAAACACUUGCGCAGCUCCAUUCCAACGGCAACGUCCAUGAACCCUGGGUCCUAGCCGAAUAUGAGCAGAUUCAAGAAUCCAUCGCCCAUGAACGGGCCAACGAGGCCAAAAGUUAUAUUGAAUUGUUCACCUCAAAAUCCUCGUUCCGGCGACUCUUCCUCUGCUGUGCGCUUCAAGCCUCGGUGCAGAUGACGGGCGUCUCGGCCAUUCAAUAUUACUCAGUGACCAUUUAUGGUCAGAUUGGCAUAUCCGGCGACGAUACGCUCAAAUAUCAAGGCAUCAACAGUAUCAUUGCAUUGGUUGCGCAGUUCUGCACGAUUCUAUUCAUCGACCGCACUGGGCGCCGCUGGCCUCUCAUUCUUGGAAAUCUGGGCAACAUGAUAACUUUCAUCGUUGCGACAAUUCUACUUGCCAAAUUCCCCCCUGGUGUGUCCAAUAACCAUGGUGCCCAGUGGGGGUUCAUCAUCAUGACCUGGCUGUACAAUUUCAGCUUCAGCUGCACAUGUGGGCCCUUGAGCUGGAUCAUCCCUUCAGAGGUCUUCGACACUCGAACUCGAAGCAAGGGUGUCAGCAUUGCAACAAUGACGAGCUUUGCAUUCAACACUAUGAUCGGCCAAGUCACUCCCAUUGCCAUGACCAACAUUGGGUACCGAUUUUAUUUCGUUUUCAUCGUCUGCAACCUGACCAACGCUCUGUUCUUCUGGCUGCUAUUGCCUGAGACUGCCCGCCGCCCGCUCGAGGAGAUGAAUCACCUUUUCAGCAAUGCGCCUUGGGUGGUGGUCGGGACGAGCAAAGAGGCCUAUGCCAGCCAUGACUUGGAAAAUAGACUGAACGAGAUCACGGCACAGACUGAGAUCAAGAGGGGUCAAAGUGUCGUGCAUGAGGAGACGGCAGCCCACUGAUGCACGUUUCUCUCCAUGGUUUUUUUUUUUUU